AAAAAAAAACGACUGUUAUGUGAAAUGAGAGAUAAAGGCAUUAGAUUUAUAUCGAGCUCUCCCUAUUAAAUAACCAAAGAGGGCUCGCCCAACAUAUUUAGCAGACAAUAUAAGAUAAUGGGCUCUUUGAUGUGAUUUGAUGUAAGUCAUCAGGCAGAGCUACGUCUUCCACUCUUACCUUUGACCUUUGAACUGCAACCGGAAGCUACUACCAUGCGUGCCGUACAUAUUCGUUGAGAUUGUGCAAUCUCAAACUUACGGCUUUCGUGGUGGGACAACAAACCAGGAAUUACUAUUAGAUUUCUGAAGAAGACAAGUCUGAUAUUCUGCGUUUACCAAAGCAACUUGCUUACAUCAGGGAAAGACCUGAGAGCCAUAUAUCCGGGGUGCGGCUCGGAGCUCCCAGAUAGAGCAGUUAGCCCUCAGAACAAGCCGGUCAUCUUCAGAUCAAAUUACAACACACGGUUACGCACCCUACGUCACAAACGCCUUACGUAACUUCCUGCCAGCCAGGACUGCAUGUGAGGCUCACGAUGGCCGUCUUUCACGACGAGGUUGAGAUAGAAGACUUUGAGUACGAUGAGGACGAGGAGAAGUACUACUACCCAUGUCCGUGUGGGGACAGGUUUGAGAUCACUAAGGAGGACCUGAUGAACGGAGAGGACGUGGCUACGUGCCCCAGCUGUUCUCUCAUUGUUAGAGUUAUCUACGACUUGGACGACUUCAUGGAAGGGGAGGAAGAAGUUGUUCUACCACCCAAGAAAGAGCUGGAGAAAGUAUGACAGCGAAGGACUGUAGGACAGUAGUGCAUAAUAGUAUUUUAAUACCAUGUCUUUCCUUUGUUGGUAAAUAUUUAUGUGUGACUGAUUGUUCAGUAGUGACCACCAAUGAUUUGUAUAUGUGGUCAGUGUGACAUAUUGAAACAUUGGAUUGUCAUUAACACCUUUGAAAUACAAAUACAGUACUCCAUUCA